AUGCCCUCGAAGGUGGGGCGAUUCCUCGAGGUGGUGGCCAACAUGUCACUGGGCUACAGAACAAGCAACAUUCUGGUCACCAUGGGCGAGGAUUUCCAGUACCAGGACGCCGCUAUGUGGUUCCAAAACCUGGACAAGUUGAUACAAGUGCGUCUGAUGUCAGAGGCCUACAGGAGCAAUAACAUACUGGUGACCAUGGGGGACGAUUUCCAGUACAAGGACGCGGGCAUGUGGUUCAAAAACUUGGACAAACUGAUACAGGUCGGAGGCCAGGUCAUUGUGGUCACGAGCCCGGGGUGCACUCAGGUGGGGAAGUUCCUGGAGUACGUGAGGGAGAUGGGCGCGCGCUACCGCAGCGGCAACGUGCUGGUGACCAUGGGCGGUGACUUCACCUACCAGGACGCCGCGAUGUGGUUCACGAACCUGGACAAGUUGAUACAAUACACGAAUCUGAAAGCGGCGAAAGACGGCCUCAACGUGAAGCUGUUCUACUCGACGCCGGACUGCUACUUGAAGGCAGUAAAAGACGCAUACCCCAGUCUGCCGACGAAGCAGGACGACUUCUUCCCGUACGCUAGCGAUCCCACGGCCUACUGGACGGGAUACUUCACUUCGCGCCCCACCACCAAGUACUUCGAGAGGAGGGGUAACACUUACCUGCAGAUGGUGAAACAGCUGCAGGUGCUGGCAAACUUGCCUGAACACAACAUGUUCGUUCUCGACGAGCUCAAGAGUGCAAUGGGCGUGAUGCAGCAUCACGACGCCAUCACGGGAACGGAGAAGCAGCACGUCGCUAACGACUACGUGCGUCUACUCGACUCGGCGAUCGAAGACGCAAACAUCAUCGCGAAGCAAGCUUUCAACAAGAUAACUCAGCGCGAUGGCCUGAAGCCGCCGCUACUCAUUUACGAGCGCUGUGCCCUCAACGAGUCCAGUUGUCACGUCUCCGAGACCAAAAGGAGCUUCGUGGUAACGGUAUACAACCCGCUGGCUUGGAAAGUGAGCGAGCCAAUCAGGGUGCCCGUUGUCGAGGGCAGCUAUGCUGUGUUCGCACCGAACGGAGAAGAGAUAACCUCGCAGUUGAUCGACAUACCGCAAGCGGUGGUCGAGAUCCCCACGCGGGUUUCGUCGGCCACCCACGAGCUGGUCUUCUUGGCCUACCUCCACCCGCUCGGUCUCAAGUCCUACUACGUGACGAGGAAGGACAAAAACAAGCGGGACGCCAAUCCGGAGGGCCAGAGAAGCGACUACUACGAGAACCUGAAAGGCUACUGGAGCGACAUCAAGUGGAAAUCCUACUUGGAGACGCUAUUAGUAAAGACGGUGGGAAAACAGACGGUCAAAGCGGCGCACGUCGACGCGACGGCGGCUCAGAAAGCGGCGGUCAGGGAUAAAGCGCUUCCAGCUGGAAGAGGGAUACCAGAUGCCGUCGCGAGGAGCAAAGAGAGUCUGAUGCCAAUAGUACGAGACGUGGAUCUGGACGUUCUAAGAGACAGCGACGAGGUGGUCAGCGAGGACGUGCUGGAACUGCAGAAGAUCAUCAGGGAGGCGAAGGGAGCGGGGACGAGGCAGAGGGAGUCGGCCAAGAGGCUGAACUACCCCCGCUUGAACGAUGAGGAGAUGAGGAUGCUGUCCGACGAUCCGUUGGUGGUGGAGGCGUUUGGGGAGGCGUAUAUACAAAACGAGUACAUAAAGCUGCGCAUAGACAACGGCACCGGGCGCCUCAGCCAGCUGACCCAGAAGAACACCAGCCUGGACCUAUCAGUAGACCUCCACUCGUACUCCGGCCACGGCGGGGACAACAGCAACACUUCGAUGCGCGCUUCCGGCGCGUACAUCUUCCGGCCGGCGGGGGAUCCCCGAAAACUGGCGCCCCGCUCGGCCACUGUACGGAGCGGACCUCUGGUAUCCGAGGUCCGGGUGCGGUUGGACGGCAACGCGGCGUCUACGCUGCGCCUCUACGAGGGCCUGGACUACACGGAGCACGAGUUCGUAGCGGGCCCGCUGCCCGUAGACGACGCCGUCGGCAAGGAGUACGUGGCCCGCUACGAGAGCGGAGUGCGUAGCGGCCGCGCGUUCUACACGGACUGCAACGGAAGACAGGCGCUACGCAGGCGACGGGACGAGAGGCCCCAGUGGAACCUGACCCUGGAAGAGCCCGUAGCCGGGAACUACUACCCGGUUACGGAGUUCAUAUCCAUCGAGGACGAAUCCACGCGGCUGACCGUUCUGACCGACCGCUCGGAGGGCGGCUCCUCCCUGGCGGAAGGUCAGAUCGAGCUGAUGCUGCACCGGCGCCUCCUCUAUGAUGACGCGUUCGGCGUCGGAGAGGCUUUGAACGAGACGGCUGCAGGUUUGGGCCUCGUAGUGAGGGGCAGCCACCGAAUACUCGUCGGUGCGUCGAAGGUCGAGGAGCGAAAGCGGACCCUGGAGUUCCACUAUAGGCCGGUCGUGUUCUUCUCUGACGCCGAGCGUCUGAAGUACGUGGACUGGUUGGCGCUGAACAACAUGUUCCAGGGUGUAAGGAAACCGCUGCCAGAUGGCAUCCAUCUCCUCACGUUGGAACCCUGGAAAGACGGGACUUUGCUGCUCCGUCUGGAGAACUAUCUGGAGCGGGCGGACGAUUCGACCGUCGAGGUAGACUUGGGCACGCUGUUCAACAGUUUGAAGAUCAGGGCAGUUAGGGAGACGACCCUGGCGGCCAACCAGUGGCUGUCCGACAGCGUCAGGUGGACGUGGAAGACGGACGAGUUUUCGGACCCCCACGAGCCUUUGGCUAAUAGUGACCAGGGAACGAGGGUAAAGAUAGCGGCAAAACAGAUCCGCACCUUCGUGGUGGAGUACGAACAUUCAGAUGGUCAAAAAAGGGAG